AUGAUGUGCAAUAUCGAAUCUGUAGUAUCCAGAAAUUUCAGCACAACAGACAUCUCUGAAUACCCGGUCCGAUCGAGAAUUCUUCUUCACAUUUUGAUCUUCCUGCUCUUAUGCGUCGGCGACGUUGCUAUCGCUAGUGAAGGUGGUUUCUUUGUUGGAAGAUGUCAUUCAUCAAGACGAUCUUCCCUGCAACGAAACGCCGCAAGACGGCAAGAUAGGGUGACAUCCACAACACUACCUAGCUCAUUGGGGGAGCAAACUGCGCCAGUGGUGAUGGAAAGUCCGAUAUUCGACUCGUUUUGUACUUCAAGUGAACGAGAACUCCGUGCUGACAUGUUGCGGAUGGUACUGAUUGAAGCUGAACAACGUGUUCUGUUCGACACAGCAUCAAUUGUACCUGUUGCAAACAGGGUGCUGCCAUCCAACGCUCAAUUGUCGGCCUGCAAAAAGUUUCAGUUCCUUAAACGACGUCGCGAUAUACCAACAAUAUCACAAAUGCUGUUUGGCGCCAUGCCAACGGCAGUGGGUAGCGACUCAUUCAAAAUCCACACCAUAUCUGAAGAUCAAAGUCUACUAAUCAGUCGAGUUUUCGGAAUUCCCCGAAUAAGUUCAAGGGAAAUGCAUAUCGCAAGUGAUUCACUAGAAUCAUCCGACUCCGAGUCACAGGCCCACUACAUUACAGUACGAUCUACUGAUAGUAUUAACGGAGGUCACGGUAGGCCUGGUUGCAUAUCAUCUACAGUGCCGCCAGAAGCAUUCAAACGAGUCCGGAACACUAGUCUACAAUUAGAUGACGAUUCUGAAGAAAUUCGUCCAUUUUCGCCACCAACUGCUUCACGUUUGUCGCGCGAUCGUCGCAUACAGAUGUCGCAUAAAACAAGUUUGUGCGAACAAUCACCAUCCAUGCGUUGGAAAUCACGCUCGAGGCUAAGUUCCUGUGGCUCACAAACAGAUGAGGAGCAUGUUCGCCAAGUUGGAUUGGGCAUCAUGCUAAACGAAGCAGAGAAGGGAUUUUUGUUCCAGCACAUUCCGCUCGUUGAGGCCGAAAUGUCACGUCUUGAGGCACGAAUCAUAAAUGCGGCGAUGAAUUCGAUAACCUUCUUCAUUAAUGUUAAUAAGGCGUGGCAAGAUUUUUGCGAAUCGGUAUGCAAACUUCACAACGCACCACGACUUCGUCAUCCAGUCUGGUUAAGCUUGCUGGAGCGUGACCAUAAUGAAAGCGUGGUGAUAGCAGACUUCUGUCGCCAGUUGACACUAUUGGUAGAGAAGCUCGACACAAAACAUACGAAAUUUUUCUUGUCGAAUGUAAUAUCGACAGUUCUGAUGCAUCAUAUGUCGUGGGUAGCCAGUGUAGCACCUCCGCUUCAUGCACCGACACAUCACGACAAAAAUCCUCUUGUUGGAUCGAUCUAUAACGAUGAAGCUCCAUGCAUGCCAUAUAAUGUCCAGAUUGCGCAGUAUUUGGAGAUCAGUGGUAGUGUAGGAAGUGCUCAUCGAAUGGCAAAAACUGUUGUGAGCGGUGCCGAUAGCGAUCUGGUCACAUCCAUACUACAAGUUCUGUCAUAUUUCAUACGUUGCUCGGCUAUACACCAGAAAGAUGACGAACGCUGCUCGCAACUACCAAUAGCGCAGUCGUUCUCGCCGUGUGCUGCAACGACGCCAGAAUCAAUAGCGAGUCCUCCUUCGGAAUGUCCUCUUGAUGGCACAUUUAGUCCUAGUAAAGGUGUCGAAGAUGAUGCAGUGUCGUCCUGCUCGUUGGAGUCGUUGCCUUCAGUAUUAGGGUGUCGAAACCGUGACCAUCGCGCCUUAGCUGCUGGUAACGACGUGUCAGUUUCCAUGACACAAGCAGAUGGGCUGGGUCGUUCGUUAUUAGCCGGUCCAUCUUCCGAGUACUCGCCACACUUUGUGCUGUCCGGUUUGAUAGGCACGCCUAAUCAUAUAAACGAAGCAUUCGCAAAGAUGAUCGACGAUGUUCGUUGUGAAAAUACAGCUUGUCAUAGGGCUGCAGCGAUAUCCCUGUCGUCUUCUAUGUCAUCUUCAGUAUAUGAUACUGUUCAACUUCCAGAUAACGUGAUAAUUUUAGCAGACACGCAUACGUGGAGUGUACAGGUGGCAUCAAAUGAAGGGUGGGGUGAGGUUUUCUCGCCUUCUGAAGCUGUCGUAUCGAUGUUGGAACAAUUUUGCGAUCUUUAUCGUGUUGGUUAUGCACCAAAAUUGCUGAUAAGCUACCUGGAAGAUUCGCUGUCGGAUGUGCUUAGCAAAAGCCUUAGCCUUGUCGAGAUUUCCACUGUCACCGGAGCGCGUCCGCUCCAUCGUAGAUUGCGAUCACUCCGACUUGCGAUUGAUCCUAAACGUGGCUUCCGUGUAUUGGCCACCGGUGCUGGCAUCAGUAACAUGAUGACGCGGCGACGUGCUCCUUCGAUCGUGAUGUGCAACUUUACUCUGCCUUGCAAUUCACAUAACCGCUUAUAA